AUGGUAACCAAUGUAAACACCGGCCAUCCUCCUCCUCAUAUCUUACUCGGCUUUGCAGCGCAUAAGCGGGAGAAAAUUGCAAACAUGGCUCGCAGUGAGGACCAGUAUUAUGAGAAGAUAACAUCGAUUCAACAGAGCAUGCAUAAAAGGGAGAAGCGGAGGCUGCAGCUGGAGAGGGAACUGUUUGCUUACUCCAGAUCUGAUAAAAGAAUCUCACAGAUAAAGUGUUCCAAACUGCGCAGUUAUCUCAAAGAAAUCUGUGACAGGGAAGCACGAGCGAAAAGGAGAAACCUUGAGCUUCUGAGAGAUGUGGAGUGCAUAGAAAUUAGCAUGAAGGAAUAUCGUCCUGACCAUGGCCCCCUGCAACAACAAAAGAUUUCUAGAUGUAUGGAAGCAAAGACGAAUAUGGAGAAAGAACUUGAUGCAGCAAUGGUUGACGCUGUGCACAGACAGCACCAGGACAGCUCCCUCUCUCAUCCAGUUAGGGACUCUACACAGCCAUCAGCAGUCAUUUCUAUGGGCCGCCAGACCUCCAGAGGGUCUGACGCUGAAGCUGGCACCACAAGUGUACACUCACACCAAGCAUUGCAUCGUUCACCCAAUCGCAGCAUGCACUCCCGCGAACGUCUACCAAGUGGCCUUUUGAAGGACUUCAGAGUUGGCGGAGAGGAUGCCGCCGGCAACCGAGCACAUUUAUCAGAUGACAUUUCAGGCUCAAACGAUUCCCCAGACGGCUGUAAUUUGAGUGACAAACAUGAAAGAACGAUGGUGAUGCUCCCAUCUGUCCGCGCAUUAACAGGCGCAGCUGGCAAUGUGCCUUUUGGAAGUGAUGAUGAACAAGAACCAUCACCUUUAGUGACCUUGACGGGGCUUGAGAAGAAACCCAGCAGCAGUAGACUCAUGAAGGCUGAUAAUUCCCCUGUAGAGCACUCUGACCCCCGAGAAGCGGCUCAUCAGCCACCCAUAAUGGAAGAUGUGGAGAGAGCUCUCGGCCAUUUCCUGCCUCAAACCACUUUCGGAGAAGAAGCUGAAGAUAUACCAGGUAGAGGCGAGAGCGUCAGCACACCUAGCUCUGAUGUGCAGCUGUCCGAGAGCACUGCAAGCGACCUGUCCAUUUCCCUGACACAAUCUGAGCUGGAUGAGGAUCCACCAGAGGGUGUGGCACCUGAGAGAAAUGCCACUUCUGAAUUGAGCAAUGAUCAAAAUCAACACAGUCCUGAAACCUCCCUCCACUCUGACGGGUCCAAAAACAAACCCCAGUCAAACGGCCAGUCCUCCGCUCCAGCGGUGACCUUGGAAAGUCUCUCCCAGGAAGGACUCUUUAAUCUGCUAGACGACAUCGAAGGACGACUCCAUGGUGAGCAGACGUGUGUGUACGAGGAUGCUUCGAUUGAUGGAAGACAACUCCAGAGAAUUAUCCGCCUUUGUAACGGUGGCAAGGGCGUGAAUGGCGAGGACCUUAAAGCAUGUGGAGCAGUCAUCCUUCAUGAGCUUCAGAGGUUGUCAUGGGGCACAGAAAAGGGUUGCCUGCUACCUCAGGAUCUAGUGGAUGCUCAGCAGUCCAGCACUGAGCCUAAUGCAAUAAGCACCAGCCUCCCUCCUGAUGCCGCUCGGCUGUGGGAUCGCUGGUUCAAGCACGCCCUUCUGCUGAAGGAGCAGCGUGUCCUCAGCACUGAGCGCCUGGUCCAGCUGUUCACGCCGCUGCUGCUGGAGCGCCAUGCCACCUACAGCCACCAGGCCAAAGUGCUGCUGAGGACACUUGUGUCCCGGUCCAGUGAGGAGUGCCCCUCAGCGGAGGACGAGAGUGACUCGACUCCUUCUUCUGGUCCUCCUUCUCCCCUGGCGGACGCUGAUGUGACUCCCGCCAAGCCGGUACAGAAGCAACAGAUCCAAGAACUACAAAGUACUGAAGAGGACAGCCAGGCCGAAAGCCCUGUGGAAAGUGUUCCUAUUAGAGAGACAAAAGCAUAUCAGUUACUUAAACAAUCAGCGAUGCAGGAAAGGCUGCAGAGCUCUGAAGAGGAGGAGGAUGAACUCUCAGGAAUAAAUCAUGACCAUGAAGAGGACCUGGGGAGGGCCAAACGCUCCUCACAUCAAGACCCUUACCCCGGGAAAGAGAAGACUAACUCAAAAAUUCUUUCUAUUCUGAAGACCAAAGAUUUCUGGGGGGGUUCGGAUGACAGCAACUCGGAGAUUGAAGCAGCCUUACGUCCUCAACCUUUCAACAAAAACAGCGGUGACAGCGACAGCUUCAGUGACUGAUAAUUCCCUGUAGAUAUUUUUGAAAUGCACUACAUUAUAUCGCUCCAAAAUUCCAGGCAGUUUGGCUCACAGUAAUUCAAGUUCUUUUAUUGGUCUGCAUUGUAAAUCAUAUGCACACUGUAUUGUAAAAACAAAUAAUAAAGUUGACAGCUCUCACGCCGGGUAAAGUAUGUGAAGAGUUGUCCAACACUCUGAUGUUAACCCUGCUUCAGUCUCUUUAUCUGAACAACUCUCCCGGCUCAUAAUAACAGCUCGAAAUAGAUUAAACUGAUCUUUUAAAGCGAUUUGUUUGCACUAGGCUGAAAAUCAUGCAUUUUGAAUGCCGCGAGCAUCUCCGAGUGCUCUACCUCCAGCAUGCUCGAGUGUAGUGAUGUGAGUCACCUGUGAAAUGACAAAGCACAAUGGCCACUCUGCACGCUGCUGCGCGACCUGUGAACCUGCUGAAGAGGCGCAUCUCCCAGGGCACAAAGUGUUGCUAACAAACUCCGAAUAUUUAGAACCUCCGGCAAGCGCUCUGUUCAAAUCUACACAGCUGCUUCUUUGAUAAUAAUACCACAGAAACACAUGUGUCUAAAUGCCUCUCAGUUGUUGUGCCCAUGAGUCUCGAGUAGCAGGAUCGUUGCUGAAACCACACAUUAGUCUUCUCCCUUUUAGCAUUUUGCAGCACAUUCAACGCUCUGUAUCUAAUAAUAACUCUGAGCUGCUGUGUGGGAGGCUACAUUCCCAAGUUUACAUUUAUACUUCAUUAUGUCUGUAGUGUACAUUUCCAAAUCUGCCAUUCUGGGAUGUGGUAAAAGCCCCCUGGCAUUCAGUGUCAGCAGGAUUCCAUUAGUCAGCUCCAGGUGACUUUACAUGCCUGAACCUUUUUAAAGUAGGACUCCACAUUCAUUACCAAUAAUGGCUUCAGACGGCCCUGACCCACCACAGAAAAGGGACCAUGGCAGAAUAAUUUGGAGUUUGCUAAAAGGCUCCCUAACAUAAUAUCCAUGUUAAGGAGCAUGUCAACAGAUACUUGUGUGCGACAGAUAGCUCACAGUGGAAGCGGAGUUAUAUUGUACUAAUGUGUACUAACACUAAUAUUAAAAAAAAAGAACUGAUGAGGGACACAAUGAGGAUGACAUUCGGCUAAUUCUUUAAUGUCAUUCUGCGUGUAGAGGGAGGUCAGGAAGGUGUUUAUCUUGCAGUUAAGGGGCGUUAUCCGUACAGCGUUAUCAAUAUGAGUUCUAACAGCAUUGGUGUUGUGAAGGGGAUCAAUGUUUAUAUGACUUAACACAUGGUGAGUCCAGAUCACCACAAGAGUAAGGGAGAUGGGUGAUAUUGGUAUUUUUUACGACAGUGCUACGACUUCAAAUUUUUGAACACUACUUAUCCUCCCUUACAAUAACUAAUAGGAGAUCAUUUAUCUUUAUAAUAGAACACUUUUUUUUAGCUUAAAACAGCUCAAAUAUCUGAGAAAAGGCAUUGAAACUUAUUAUGCCAAUUAUUUUCUAGAUGAAUCAAUUAUUUGUUUAUAAAAUGAGUUUAAAUAUGAUGUUUUGUCAGUCCAAAGCCCUAAAAUAUGCACUUUUAUCUCAUAAAUAGUUGAGAAAAACAGGAUAACGCUAUAUUUAAAAGUUUGAAAUCAGCCUUUUCUCAAAUGUUCAGAACUUGACAACCAUAAUGAGUAACAAGCACAACAACCACGUCUACUGGCAGAGUAUGAAUACAUCUCAUGUUUUCUUUAAAUGCUAUAACCCAUUCUUUAUGCACCCAUUUCCUACCUUAUCAAAGGUCAAGGUCUGACACUGCAGCUUUUUUAAAUGUACAUGCGAUGUGAAUAACCCGUGGGCUGUUUGACAACACAGCAGGCAGCGCUCAGUAGUGAUACAACACUACUGACAUCACAAACCUGCAACAGAGAAUAUUAUAACUAAUAUUGUUUAGUUAUCAUCAAAUAUAUCAGAUCAACUAGUGAACCGCACAAAGAGAAAAGCAGUAAACAGUUUCCAGCUUCUUAAAUGAGUCAUUUCUCAGUUGUUUCAAUUCUUUAAUGAUAUAUAUUUGAUGCUUUUGGCCUGCCGUUGUGACAAAACAUGCCAUUUUUAGAUACCACUAUUCACUCUAUGAAACUGUUAAGGACUCUUUUUAAUAUUUGCUGAUAUUUUAUUGAUCAAAACAAUAAAUCAGUUUAUCAGUCAUUCAUGUUUUAAGCAACUAAAACUGAUGUUAUAGUCAUAUCUAAGAUCACUAACAUUUAUUUGUAAUCAAAUCUCAUAGAAGCAGUGCGGCUCCUAGAGUACGGCGUAUUGAAGACAUGGUGUGACCUUCAAGUUCUUCAGAAAUAUAGCUAUGAAUGUCAUUUCUGUGUUGUACAUAAAAAGUGCAUUUAUCCAACAGAUGAUGAAACAAAGAUUUAAGACCAGACAAGGUUACACGGAUCACAUAAUAACAUUAAUAUGCUUUUGAAUGUGCGCUUGCAACAACCACUGUGUUGUGAGUAUGGAAGCCUGUUCCUUUCAGUCUGGCACGCUAUCAAGUACUGAGCUUAAAGCCAUUCAUGUUCGGCCCACAUCAAUUCAGCCUUUUUUUCCUCACCAAUUGCUGCCAUGAGUGUCUGGAAAGUUUAGAGGAGGGUCUUGCUCCCUCACAAGCCAGAUUGACCUACUUUUUGUCGAGACAACUUCCAAUAAGACAGGGUCAGUGUUCUUGCAUUGGAGUCUCCCACAUGUGUCUAAUUUGUUCAAAAGACACUUGUGUUACUUACUAGUAACAGGAAAAGUGGAUUCAUCCCUCUAUGAUAGUCCAUGCAUAUACAUAAUCAUAGAAAUGCUUUAAAAAUGGCUAUUAUUCAUUUUGGAUUUAUGUACGAAUAAGAAUAUAAUGUUAUCUGUAAGUGGGGGACACAUAGAUGAAAGCAAGAGGCAAAGUUAAACACAUUCAUCCACAAUGCUGUGGUUUCGCUCUCAUAUGUUUGUGUAAUGUAUUCCUGCCUGCCGGACAAACCGAGGCUCUUGAGUGUGCGCCUUCUAUUCUCCCCUACCCUACUUUUAUUUUUAUCACUGAAUAAUCAUUAAGAGCAAGAUCAUUUUGAUCUUCUGCCUCAAUAGGCCUCAAUUAAAUAUUCAUUCAUUCUGA